GACCCGAACCUUACUGUCAGGAUUCACAACACAAAAAAUGGUUUGUUGUCGUCCCCUAAACUGCUAGGACAAGAUAGUCACAUUAUCACCCUGGUUAAGAAAAAAAUCUGGUUCACAGACCUACUUUCUGGGAGUGCAAUG